AUGGGUACAUCAUUUCUACUAUGUCUCAUGCUGACAUUGUUGCCAGUAAGAACUCAUGGGAACACUUGGCAAUGCCCGCAUAUCCCUUAUAACUCGACCAGAGAUUAUAUGGUGCAGUAUCACCUGCCUACAUUCAUCGCUGAGGGUGACAUCCAGAACAUAGUCACGUAUGAGCCUGCUGAUGUAAUUUUUGUUGCUAUUCGGAACAAGAUCUACAUGCUGAACUCAAAGCUGAACUCAAAGAUAGUAAUUCUCUCUACCAUAGUGACUGGUCCUUGGGGUAGUGGGCAAUGUAAGAUCUGUGCCAAGUGCCGAACGAAAGGACCAAUGAAUUUUGAAGACACAGAUAACAAAGUUUUGGUGAUGGAUCCAUUUGAACGUUGGCUUUACAGUUGUGGGUCUUCUCAGCAUGGAGCCUGCUUCCUGCAUAAGAUUGAAAUGCAUGGCAAUCUGGCUUCUGUUGAAGAAACUACAUGUUUGUAUUCAGCCCAAUUUAAUCAGCCUUCUGAGUGUCCAGAUUGUAUUGCCAGUGCCUUGGGCACUAGAACUUUAGUUGUCGAUAAAGGUGCGUCAUACUUCUAUGUUGCCUCUACUGUCAACAGGAGCAUAACUGAGACAUACAGCCCCCAAUCAGUGUCUAUACGAAGACUGAAGAGUACCACAGAUGGAUUUGACCGUUCUUUCCAUUCCUUAACAGUUCUGCCCGAGUAUCAAGACACAUACCCUAUUGACUACGUGUAUUCCUUUAACGACCAUCAUUUCGUGUAUUUCCUGACAGUCCAAAGAGAAAACCCUAGCUCCAGAUCAUACCACACUAGGAUAGUGCGGCUCAGCAUUGAGGAUAAUGACUUGCAGAAGUACCGUGAGCUGAACCUGGAUUGUCGCUUUGAAUACAAGCGGAGGCGGAAGAGGGGACUUGCAGUAAGCCCAAGGGACGUAGCUUUUAAUGUCCUGCAGGCGGCUCACGCAACCAAGCCAGGCUCAAAGCUGGCCCAAGAGAUCAGUGCCAGUGAAUCAGAUAUGGUUCUCUUCGGUGUGUUUGCUGAAAGCCAUGUAGAGAGCGCAAUGCCACAGAGGAAUUCUGCUGUUUGCGCUUUUCCCCUGAGCAUGAUCAACCAGGCUAUUGAUGAUGGGAUGAACAAAUGCUGCAGUUCGAGGGUCCAUGACAAGAUGCUUCGAGGACUGACGUUUUAUCAGCACACUGAGUACUGCCCACAUAAUGUGAAUUCCUCAGUGGCAGACACCAGCUGCUGGAAGAAGCCCACCAUGAUCACUACAGACAGGUACAGGUUAGACCUCUUCAAUGGACGCAUGGCUGCAGUGCUGCUCACCUCUAUCUACGUAACUGCAAUUGGUGAUGUGACUGUUGCUCACCUGGUCACCUCAGAAGGGCGUGUCAUGCAGGUGGUGCUUCAGAGAUCCGUGGCCUAUACAGUCACAUUGGCCAACUUCUCCUUGGGGGAGAAACUGCCAGCGCUGCGAGAGGUCAACAGGCUGCAGGAUUCUUUGUUCUUUGUCACAGGAAAUAAGGUAUCACAGGUGAGCGUGACUGGCCCAGGUUGUCACCAUUUCCUGACCUGCCUCCGCUGCCUAAAGGCGGAGAAAUUUAUGCAGUGUGGGUGGUGUGGAAAUUCGUGCACCCAUCAGGAGGAAUGCAAGACACUAUGGAACCGGGAGAGCUGCCCUCCUGUCCUCACUGAUUUUCACCCCAAAAAGGCACCACUGCAUGGCAGCACUAAGGUGACUCUCUGUGGCAUGGGGUUUCAGUCACGUCCAUUUUAUUCUGGUGUUGUUGACUCGCUAACUCCCCUUGGUGACUACUGGGUUACAGUGGGACAGAAGAACUGCACUGUGCUGUUUGAAGAGAGCCUUGGAAACAGGUACAGCCAAGUGCCACGGUGGAAGAAUUCUGGUGAAGUUAUUGUCUGUGCUCUAGAACCUCAGGGCAAACAGGUGGAUCUGGAGCCACAAAAAGUUGAAGUCACCAUCGUAGAGAAGAGACAGACACCAUUUUAUAUCAUUGGCUCUUCAGUCCGUGACGGCUUUAUGUUUGUGGAGCCAAGAGUAACUUCUAUCCACCCUGCAUAUGGCCCACAAGCUGGAGGAACAGAGAUCUUUAUCUGGGGACGAAACCUCCUGGUUGGGGACACAAGGAAGGUGAUGAUUAAUGGCCUGGAUUGCCCCCUGGUCAACCAAAGGGAAAGCCAGGGAGAAGAGGCCAUAAUUUGUACCAGUCCUGCUUCAAACAACCUGACCAGCGCUUCUGUGACUGUAGUAAUAGAUGAAGAACAGUUUCUCUCCCCACAGCACUUCUGGUAUCGUCAAGAUCCCCAAGUACAUUAUAUAUCUCCAAACUGCAGCUAUGAAGGUUCAAAUAUCUCCAUCUUUGGCACCAAUUUGGAUUCAGUGUAUUAUACAAAGGUACAAUUCAUGACUGGGGGAGUGCAAACAGAAGCCAAAGUAUGCAAGGGGCCACCGUCAGCAAACAGCCUGGUGUGCCAGAGUCCUGUUUACCGGUUUGACAACAAGAUCGAAAGCGUUCGUGGGUUCCUCAGAAUCUUGAUGGAUGGUGCUCUGGGGCAUAAGGAAUUUCAUAUUCGCUACUACCCCAAGCCACAGAUCUACCCCUUUGAGAAUGAAGACAAAUUGUACACGCUCAUACAAGGAGAAGAUAAGGUCAAGAUUCAACAUAGAGGUCUGGAUGCUCUGGCAGGUUGUAUGAAUAUCUCCAUGACUAUAGCUGGCAGGAUGUGCCGCCCCACCGUGCUGAAGAAUGAGGUGACCUGUCGAAUCCCCAAAAGCCUGAACGUCCCUCUGGAUAGUUUGCCUGUUCAGAUUUGUGUGAAUGACAACUGCACAGAUGUGGGCUUCGUGACUGAGGUCUCCUCCUUGUCCCCUGUCGCUGUUGUCUUGGGGACCACUGUAGCCAUCCUAGUCUUCUGCCUCUUGGGAUUUCUGCUGAUGAAAUACAUGCGGAGAAGGAGGAGGAAGAAGACAGGGACUGAGAACUUGGAGAGAUUAAGUUUCAACAGGGGCACCAUGCCAAGCAUUCCUCUCCUUCCCUCCAACACUGGUUAUACAAGUGGCACUGGUAGCAGUGAUGGUUCUGCUGUGCCCCUCAUGCGGGUGCCAUCUUGCUCCAUUGAAAAUCUUCGUCCAGAGCUGCUGGAAGAGGUGAAAGAUGUCCUAAUCCCAGAAGAGCAGCUGGUAAUGCACAAGGAUCAGAUCAUUGGCAAAGGGCAUUUUGGGAGCGUUUACCAUGGAACAUAUAUAGAUCCAUCCCAGAGAGAGAUACGUUGUGCUGUUAAAUCACUGAACCGAAUAACUGACUUGGAGGAGGUGGAAGAGUUCUUGAAGGAAGGCAUUCUGAUGAAGAGCUUCCAUCACCCCCAUGUACUAUCACUCAUUGGAAUUACCCUACCAAAAGAGGGGCUGCCACUGGUAGUGCUACCGUACAUGAAGCAUGGAGAUCUGCGAAACUUUAUGCGUUCUGAGGAGAAGAAUCCUACUGUGAAGGAUUUAAUAGGCUUUGGGUUGCAAGUGGCUCGAGGGAUGGAGUAUUUGGCCCAGAAGAAGUUUGUACACAGAGACCUUGCUGCCAGAAACUGUAUGCUAGAUGAGACCUUUACAGUGAAGGUGGCAGACUUCGGGUUGGCCAGAGACGUCUUUGACAAGGAGUAUUACAGUAUCCAGCGACACCGCCGAGCCAAGCUUCCAGUCAAAUGGAUGGCCCUGGAGAGCCUGCAAACCCAAAAAUUUACCACCAAGUCGGACGUAUGGUCUUUUGGGAUCCUCAUGUGGGAGCUGAUGACACGAGGGGCCUCCCCAUACCCAGGAGUGGAUCCAUAUGAUAUAACCCGCUACUUGUUGCAAGGAAGGCGGCUGCCCCAGCCUGAGUACUGCCCAGAUUCUCUGUACACAUUGAUGCUGAACUGCUGGGCUCCAAGCUCUGAGGAACGACCAACUUUCUUGACCCUGAUCCGGGAACUGGAGCAUAUUGUGUCUUGUCUAAAAGGGGAACAUUACAUCAACCUCAACGUUACCUAUGUCAACCUCAAUCAAGGCCAGCCGUUCGCUGCCUCAGCCCACAGUGAAGAUGACCUGGACUCUAGUGAAGAAGAGGCUGCUACUGGGUACUAA